GCAACAUCCCUACUUUUAUGCUUUGUGCUCAUUUGAAAUAAGUACAAUCACGAGAGAACCCCCAUACUAAAGAGAGUGAGAAAAGAGAAAACGUAUACUCAAGAAACAUGGGCAACAGUUUGGGGGGCAAAAGGGUUGCAAAGGUGAUGAAAAUCAAUGGUGAAACCAUCAAGUUGAAGACACCAAUCUAUGCUGGUGAAGUAGUGAAAGAUUAUCCAGGCUUUGUUUUACUAGAAUCCGAAGCUGUAAAGCAUUUUGGUAUUCGAGCAAAGCCCUUGGAACCCCAACAAGAGCUGAAACCAAAAGGGCUCUAUUUUCUAGUGGAAUUGCCCAAGUUUCCUGAAGAGAAUACCAAAGGCCCGAGGAGGGUUCGUUCAGGGAUUCAAAUGAGUGCGAAAGAUCGACUCGAAAGCCUGAUGUUGGCCAGAAGAUCAGUCUCGGAUCUCUCACACUUGAAACCAGCCAGCAUUGUGCUUGAUGAACAGAGUCAAGAAAGCUCACCCAAUGGUGCAAUGAGGCUAAAAAUGAGGCUUCCCAAGGCUCAAGUGGAGAAAAUGAUGAUGGAGAGCAAGGAUGAAGCCGAGGCGGCCGCGAAAAUCAUGGAAUUUUGCAUGGCAAACACAGCCACUGCUGCUGGCGGAGCUGCAUCUAGCAAGGUGCAUCAUUGGAAGAAUGAACAUGGAAUUGUUAAACAAGGUCUAAAACCGCGUGAGAAACGUGUGGGAUUCUUGCCAUUCACAGAAGGGGAAAUCCAAUUGGCAGUGUCUUAAUUAGCCACCCCAAAAGCAAGCAGAUAUUGAAGUGCAUCCGCAGCCAAAUUCUGUCUAAAUGUUAUCUCCAAAUUCCCCAGCAAAGUUCUCGGCAACCAACUACUCAGUCUAGCUAGUUUUGUAUAUUGUAACUGCUUAGGGAGCUGAGCAUAUUGGACAUUAUUUUUGCUUGAGGAGAAUAAUGAGAGAAGCAGUUUUGCGUUUUGAAA